AUGAUUAUAUACCAACUUAAAAUGAUAUUAUUUACCUUUUUAUUUAACACAUUUUUAUUAUUACAAAAUGUAUAUUUUCAAAAUAACCAUUAUAAUAUUAGCCACAUACCAUAUAACACACAAAGAAUAACGACCAAAUCAAGAGUGUUAGCAGAAGUAGAGAGAUCAAACAAUCCUCAUUAUCAUAAUGACCCAGAACUCAAAGAAAUAAUUGACAAAUUGAACGAAGAAGCAAUCAAAAAAUAUCAACAAACUCAUGAUCCAUAUGAACAAUUACAAGACGUGGUUGAAAAAAACGGAACAAAAACUAUGAGUGGACAUUUUGCAGAACCUAUGUCAACCUUAGAAAAAGAAUUAUUGGAAAUAUAUGAAGAAAUGUUUGGGGAAAAAAAUCGUACUAUAUUAAACCCUGGUAUAAACUCCAAUGAAAAUGAUAAAUCUUGUGAAUUCACAAAUAAGGAAAAUUCAUCCACCAACUCAUUUUCGUCGAAAAAACUACAUGAUAAUUAUUUGGAUAAUUUAAAGACUGGUUGUAUUGGAGGAGCUGCUGUGUUUGGACUUUCGUCUAUAAUUACAGGAUAUUCUGGUGUUCUUGCCGGUUCGGCAUCUGCUAAAACGAUAAUUACCGGCUAUUAUUCUGCAACUCUUGCUGAUCAAGUGAUAAAAGCUGUGGCUGGUAUAAAAGUAUUUUUUGAAGCUUUAAUUUCAAAUGCUACUAUUUCUAUGGGUCCCAUUACAAACACUGCAUUAUCAGGUAUUACAAGUGCUGCAGUGGUGCUUUUUUCCCUUAUGGUAUAG